CGCAGAGGCCUCUAGUCCGGUAUGGAGCAUGCCUUUACCCCGUUGGAACCCCUGCUUCCCACCGGGAAGUUGAAAUACUGCCUUGUGGUUCUGAAUCAGCCAGUGGACAAAUGUGUUCGUCAUCUUUGGAGCAAAGCUCUUUUAAGAGCCUGUGCUGAUGGAGGUGCUAACCGCCUAUACGAUACCACGGAAGGAGAGAGGGAAAGCUUUUUGCCUGAAUUCAUCAGUGGAGACUUUGAUUCUAUUAGGCCUGAAGUUAAAGAAUAUUAUGCUGUUAAGGGAUGUGAGAUUAUAUCAACGCCUGACCAAGACCAUACUGACUUCACCAAGUGCCUUGAACUGCUCCAAAAAAAGAUAGAGGAAAAAGACCUACAGGUAGAUGUAAUUGUGACCUUGGGAGGUCUCGGUGGGCGUUUUGACCAGAUCAUGGCAUCUGUGAGCACCCUGUUCCAAGUUACUUGCAUCACUCCUGUGCCGAUUAUAAUAAUCCAAGAGGAAUCUCUCAUCUACCUGCUCCAACCAGGAAAGCACAAAUUGCAUGUAGAUACCGGAAUGGAAGGCGACUGGUGUGGCCUUAUUCCUGUCGGACAGCCUUGCAAUCAUGUCACCACAACGGGCCUGAAGUGGAACCUCACAAAUAACGUGCUUGGUUUUGGAACACUGGUCAGUACUUCCAAUACCUACGAUGGAUCUGGUGUCGUGACCGUGGAAACGGACCAUCCACUCCUCUGGACCAUGGCCAUUAAAAACUAACCCCGCACCUGGCAUCCAUAGCUGUGCCUCUGACUUACCUCAUUUGCCACUGACUUCUCGCUCAACAAGAACAGUUCACCUUGGUUUACAGAAAUGAAACCUCUCCACGGGAAGCCCACUAGUUUUCAAGAUAUUGAUGUUUAGAUAACCCAGGUAACACAAAUGGCAGAUCUCAAUUUUACAGCGAGGGAGAAAAAAAUCAUUAUUUGUUAAAGUAAAUAAGCUCUACGACAUUCAAUUGGAAAACUAAUGUGGAUCAUUCCACUAUAACAUUCAGUACUGUUGUUAUGUUACUAAUCAUUACAUUUAUCCUAGAAAAUUUUUUUUUUUUAAUUUUGAAGCUGAGAAAGUUCUCUGCUGAGGGUUCUUGGUGUUCAACACGUAAGCCUUCUUCUGCCCGUCCUUAAAUCCAUACCCCAAAGGCUACUUCUGAGUGUCUAUUCAUGCUAGAUUCCUCUGUAUAAUAUAGGAAAAAUUCCUUUCAGAUUGGGAUGUUAGAACCACACCAUUUCACCCUGGCCCCAUUACUGUCUUGGUAUUAUGAUCUUUUAAAAGUAAAUCAAGGGGCGCCUGGGUGGCGCAGUCGGUUAAGCGUCCGACUUCAGCCAGGUCACGAUCUCGCGGUCCGUGAGUUCGAGCCCCGCGUCAGGCUCUGGGCUGAUGGCUCGGAGCCUGGAGCCUGUUUCCGAUUCUGUGUCUCCCUCUCUCUCUGCCCCUCCCCCGUUCAUGCUCUGUUUCUCUCUGUCCCAAAAAUAAAUAAAAAACGUUGAAA